AUUUCUUGAGAGAAUACUGAAGAACCUCCAGAAAAAAAAAAAUCAAAUGGCAACAACGAAGCUUCACGCUCUCUGGAAUCAUCCAGCAGGACCUAAGACAAUCCAUUUCUGGGCGCCAACGUUCAAGUGGGGUAUAAGCAUUGCUAACAUUGCAGACUUUCAGAAACCUCCAGAGACCCUUUCAUACCCUCAACAAAUGGUGAUUGCAGGAACUGGAGUCAUCUGGUCACGUUACAGCACUGUUAUCACUCCAAAAAACUGGAAUCUCUUUAGCGUUAGCCUUGCUAUGGCAGCAACAGGCAUAUACCAACUUACCCGUAAAAUAAAACACGAUUAUGCAUCUGAAACAGACCAUGUUGUUGCCAAAGAAUGACGAAUAUGAAGCCUGACGAGCGAUUCUUAAAUAAAUAACUCAUUUUCUUGUGAUUGUGAUCAUUCCAAAAUAUCAUCUUGUCAACGCUUAAUAUUGUUUUAUACCAAAUCUUAUUGGGGUAUAGAUUGUUUUCUAGA